ACUGCGGCUCUAACUCGUAACCCGUCUCCGCAUCAACUCAACGCAAGGACCGGGUAGUUGCGUAAGGUGUACAGUGGUAACUUAAUUCUUUGGACGAAAACAAUUAACAGCGUGAUGAAUACGAACUACCCGUUAAAGUACGGUAUUCUGAUUGCCUGGACUAACAGACCAAGUGUCUGGAAUUCGCUCCGUUGUCAACAUGCUAGAUUACUUUCAGUUAGGAGCUGCCAGAGGAUGCCAUUGUUCAAGUCAAACAGCAUAAAAUAUACAUCUUUCAACUGCCAAGCAUCUCGAAGACGAUGGGUGUCAUCGGAAGCCGGCAAAGCACAAACUGUCGCAGCAUCAGUAGGGCAGUUGGAACAGACAAGUGCAGAGACCGUCAUCCCUGCAGUCCCACCAGCACCAACAGUAGUGCCUGUCGAAAGCUUUGUAGAAUCCCUGGGAGACGACACGGUGGUGCCUACACUACAGUCCGUUGGGUUGGGAGGGUGGUCACCGUCAGGCAUGGUACAGCAGCUGCUUGACCUGCUGCACACAAGUACUGGAUUGCCUUGGUGGGCCACCAUAGCUGUCAGCACACUGUUCGUCAAAGUGCUCCUUCUGCCUUUGAUCAUCAAAGGCCAGAAAAACUCCAUUCAUAUGAACAACAACCUUCCCCAGAUGCAGCAUUUACAAGCCAAAAUGACUGAGGCUAGAAACACGGGCAACCAACUUGAAGCUGCCCGUCUUGCUAAUGAAUUGAUGAUGUUUAUGAAAGAGAAAAAUGUAAACCCCUUGAAGAGCAUGAUCAUACCAUUGGCUCAGGCUCCAGUGUUCAUCAGCUUCUUCUUUGCUUUGCGGGGAAUGGCCAACUUGCCCAUGGAAAGCUUCAAGACUGGUGGCCUUCUGUGGUUUACGGACCUUACUGUGCCAGAUCCCUUAUACAUCCUGCCAUUAAUCACCAGUGUUUCAUUGUUCUGCACUCUUGAGCUUGGUGCAGAAAGUGGUGUCCGAGCUGACAAUCUGCAAUGGACAAGAUAUGUUUUCCGGUGUCUGCCAGUGGCUAUUUUCCCCAUCACCAUGAAUUUCCCAUCGGCUCUGUUGUGCUACUGGGUCACAAGCAACGUGUUCACCCUGUGUCAAGUGGGUGUGCUCCGCAUUGAAGCAGUGCGGAAGCGCUUAGACAUACCAGCACUGAUCAAGCACCCGAAGAGUGAAUUAAAACUUUCGAAAAAGGGAUUCGUGGAAGGUGUCAGAGAAUCCUUCACAAACACCCGCAUCGCCCGUGAGAUUGAAGAAAGGGCUAAGGCAGACGAGGUACGAUUCAAGAAAGCUGGGAUAGGUCCAGUGGUGAAGACUUAUACAUAUGAUCCUACCAAGCAGGCUUUUGCCAAAGGAGCUGGUUCAAGUCAGAAAAUCAAUGGUUAAGGUUUCUUAGAACAGCAGGACUCCAAGGUGCCCUUUUUAGUCUCAUUGAAUAUUUCAGCAGUAGCUGCUUGUAAAUAAACUAAAUAUAUAAACCU